GUGUAAAAAAAAAUAAGUGUUUUGUUUCUGUAACAUUCUUCCACAGUGAGAAGAACAUAUAUAUCUGACUGUUCAAUUUCUUAACAAAUAGCUCGCUGCAAUGGACCCUUUUGAGGCAGCGAGAGUUGUGCAUGAAAGAAUCAUGAAAGUUGAACCUGAGCAGGUUACAAGGAAGAUUCUUGCCUAUAUUUACUUUCAAGUCUAUCCAGAGCAGGAAAUGAUUCGAUUAGCGUUGGGGCCUGAUACCUUAAUUCACAAUGUGAUCCAGAAAGCGAAAGAUGAAUUUAACCUAAACUCAAAUUCAGUGUUUCGAAGCCCUUCUAUGACUCCGGUCAAUAUAGCAGAUCCCCUACUACAGUUUUCACAUUUUUCAUCGGCUUACCAUAAAGCGGCUUCUCGCUGCAAACCUCAACUCUCUGAUGAACAUUCUUAUUUAGCUGAAAUUCCCUACUCCAGCAAUGAACCUCCGCAAAAGUUCCACCAACUUGAAGAAACAAUGGACUUUGAGAAUUUGAAUUACCCAAGUGGUUACUGCUAUCCAGAAGCUGCCCUUAUCAGGCCCAACAGAAAUUCUCCUAGUCCGUUUAAAUUUCCAGUUAAGGCUUGCCACUAUUUCAACAAAGGGUUCUGUAGAAAUGGUACCAGUUGUAGGUACUUUCAUGGUCAUCCAUUUCCCGAAAGCUACCCACAUACUAUUGAUCCAAAUCUAUGUGAAUAUUGUGAUGAAGAUGAAGUUCUUUCACCUGGUUCCCUGGAGAAAUUGGAGCUAGAGAUAACGGAGCUCUUGAAAUAUAAGCAUCCUGUUUCGAUUGCAUCCCUUCCCAUGAUGUAUUAUGAGAAGUACGGGAGAACACUCCAAGCGGAAGGGUAUCUAACUGAGAGCCAGCGACAUGGUAAAGCUGGUUAUAAUUUGACAAAACUUCUUGCUCGAUUGAAGUUUGUUCGUCUGAUUGAAAGGCCUCAUGGACAACAUUCUGUAGUUCUGGCUGAAGAUGCAGCAAAGUACAUGGACCCUCAUGGUGAAAGGAGUGAUCCAGGUCCUAUUGUUAGUGGUUCACGUCAAAUAUAUUUGACAUUCCCUGCUGAGAGCACUUUUACGGAGGAAGAUGUCUCUGAUUACUUCGAUACUUUUGGGCCAGUUCAAGAUGUAAGAAUGCCAUGUCAGCAGAAACGGAUGUUUGGAUUUGUUACGUUCUUUAGUGCAGAUACUGUAAAAAUGGUUUUGUCAACAGGAAAUCCACAUUAUGUGUGUGGUGCUCGCGUUCUUGUCAAACCUUAUAGGGAAAAGUCAAAGCUAUCUGAAAGAAAGCACCAGGAGAGACUGGAGUCGUCAAUAUUUUGUCACUUACAGCGUUCUGACUUCGAUUCUAGGCUUCGAGAAAGAUUUAAGUCCCCUAGAAUGCUACGGAAACAUUUAAUGGAAGAGCAAUUCCUUGAACUUGAGACUGGGCGACUUGCACAACUGCAGUUAUCGCGGAAACCCAUGGCUGCUCUGCCCUAUUUUCACUCCCCCAUGGAUGAAUUUAACAUUUCUCAACCAGCACAUUCCAACCAUCUAUUAGACAUUCAGAAUAGUGGAUCCUCGGAAGAAGAUAAUCCCAAGUAUUCAGGAAGCCAUUAUGCUGAUGACGAAAGCAAUCAACGAAUCAACCUGCCAGACAGUCCAUUCGCAUCAGGAGUAGUAACGAGCAGUGUAUCUUCAGUUCUAUAGGUCCGGAUACACAUUAUUUUGGUAUACAAGUCUGUUUCAAAUGCAUCAUCUUGAAUUCGAGAGAAUACGUAGUACAUAUAGCAAUAGAGUAUCCUCGACACAGCCGGACUAACGUAACUUGGCCAAUUUAGGAAAAUAUGAUACACAAAGGCUUACAUGCUAGAUGUUGGGUUUAGAAAAGAGGACUGAAGAGGUGAUUGUCCUUGGCAAAGAAUGUUAUAUAUAGUUUUAACUAUAGUUAAUGGAGGAUAAUAGUGAAGAUGUAGGCUCAAAAAUAUGUUUAGGAUUUUUGUGAAGUUUGAAUACUUGGUUUAAAUAGAAGCCUUUUAUGUUUCUUUUGCAAACAUGAAACUUGUUUCAUUUGAAAUGUUUGUCUCUGG